UCGGGGUCCUAGCGCCGAUCAGCCUGUCAGGGCAGGUGCGAGCAAGUCCCAGGCGCUGGCGGCACGUUUGCCCAUCGCCGCGCAGUUUGAAAUCACAUCCUCCGAACGUUUCUCACCGAGUGAUUGGACGGGAAAUCGCGUAACUCUUGCAGUGUGGGACACGUAAUAGCGAUGACGAUGCGUCGGCCGUCCUGACACGGGAGCUUUGUGUUCCGAGAAGGAGCUUUGACGUUGCCUGGCCCACCCACCCCCGUCCUCGUUGUGCGUGAUUUUACGCCGUUUUCGUGGACGUUGUUUGGAUUAGACAGCUGACUUCGUUUCUAGAUCUCUGGAUGCGCUGAACCAUGCAAUCGAAGGCGGAAGCAUGGAAUCGAACUGUAUCGAUAAGGUAACUUCAGAGACCCGGGUCUGCUUCGGCCGGACAAGGAACUAUGCAGUUAGCGCAAGGCCGUAUGACUGAGCGGCCCACCCGGCGGUGGCGGUCCACCACAGCAGCUCCCAACGCCAUCGGGAGGCUGCCAACCACGUGCCAUCAUGCUUCUUCUCACUAGAACCACCCAGCCGACUGACCAGGGCGCGCUCCUGGCUUGCACCACCGUGGCCGUCUUCCUCCUGGCGAUCUGCCCUCAAGCCCGGAGCGCGCCCGUCACCGCUCAACGUCUUAUCGGAUCCAUCCCCGGCGAUUUCAUCAUCGGGGCCCUGUUUCCCGUCCACCAGUCUCCGGACGCCAAGAACGCUCAGACGCGGACUUGCGGCGAAGUCCGCGAACAGUACGGAAUCCAGAGGGUCGAGGCCUCCUUGCAGACCAUAGACGAGAUCAAUCGGAACGUCAGCCUGCUUCCAAACAUCACCAUCGGCAUCGAGAUCAGGGACUCCUGUUGGUUUUCGCCAACGGCUCUGGAGCAGAGCAUCGAGUUUAUCAGAGACGCUAUCAACACGCAAGAUAACAUGACCGGUGGCGGCGAUAAUGCGACGGGAUGUUCGAGGGCGACGCAGAGAAGUACCAAGAACUUAGUGGGCGUCAUCGGUCCCGGUUCUUCAGCAGUGACGAUUCAGGUGCAGAACCUCUUGCAGCUGUUCAGCAUUCCACAGAUAGGUUACUCAGCCACUUCGAGGCAGUUGAGUUCCAAGGAGUUCUACAAGUACUUUUUGCGUGUUGUGCCGUCGGAUCAGUACCAGAGCCAGAUGAUGGUGGAUGUGUUGUUGAUGUAUAAUUGGACGUAUAUCUCUACAGUGAACACUGAAGGCAACUACGGUUACAACGGCAUCGACGAGUUCACGAUGCGUGCCAAGGCUGCGGGCAUAUGCGUGGCCAACACUGACGCCAUUCCCUCCAGCGCAAACGACGAAGAUUACGACACUGUUGUCCGUAACAUGGAGAAAUACAGUUCCGCGCGAGUGGUCGUCUGUUUCUGCGAAGGCUUCACUGUGCGGGCUCUCAUCAACGCCACCAGCCGGCUCAAUGUGUCCGGAAAGUACGUCUUCUUUGGAAGUGAUGGCUGGUCCGACCGUGGCGAUGUGGUCAAGAACCUGGAAGCAGAAUCCGUGGGCAGCCUUUCCAUCCGCUUCCACGCCAACUACGACUACAACUUCGACAAUUAUUACUUCGGUCUCAACCCCAUGAACAACACACGAAACCCAUGGUUCAAAGAAUUCUGGGAAGUACGCUUCAACUGCUCCUUGGGCAUAGGGCCGCAGUCCAGGCAGUACAACAGGACGUGCACAGGUAGAGAGUCCUUACGAAGAGGACACAAGCAGGACACCAAAGUAGAGUUUGUGAAGAAAUCAAUCUUCACGAUGGCUCAGGGCUUGCACAACAUGCACCAAGACCUCUGUCCGAACGUGUCCGGCGUCUGUUCAGCCAUGAUACCCAUCAAUGGCUCCGUCUUUCUUCAAUACCUCAUGAAUGUCACCUUCGUCUGGGGAAACGAAACCGUCUUCUUCCGUGACAAUGGAGAUCCUCCUGGACGAUACGAUCUGAUGAACUACCAGAAGAUAGGCGAGGGCUACGACUACGUCCAGGUGGGAUCGUGGAACAACGGCGAUCUCAGCAUGACACUUCCUCCCCAGUGGAGCCACUACUAUCAAAGCACUCCGCCUGUUUCCAUAUGUUCCAUGCCAUGCGAGAAAGGGAAGAUCAAGAGCAUCCACACCAAGACGACGAAAUGCUGCUGGAACUGCGUGCCCUGCAGGGAGAACCAAUUUGUCCUGGAUGAAUUCACCUGUCAGGACUGCGAUAUCGGCUGGUGGCCAAACGGUAAUCUCACAGGUUGCGACCGUAUCCCCGAAGAAUACAUCCGCUGGUCGGACAGCCAGUCCAUCGCCGCCAUGUCGAUCGCUUGCUUCGGCUUCAUCGCCACGCUAACCGCCAUGGUCAUCUUCAUCCGUCACAACGACACACCAGUCGUCAAGUCCUCCACACGCGAACUAUCUUACAUCAUCCUCUUCGGCAUGUUCCUCUGCCACGGGAGCACGUUCGCCCUGCUCGCUAAGCCUACGGCGCUGACGUGCUUCAUCACCCGAGUGCUCCCGGGACUCUCCUUCGCCAUGAUCUACGCCGCGCUCGUCACCAAGACCAACCGGAUAGCGCGGAUCCUGGCCGGAUCCAAGAAGAAAAUCAUCACCAAGAAACCGCGUUUCAUGAGCGCCACGGCUCAGGUGGUGAUCACUUGGCUUCUAAUCUCCGUGGAAGUUUCCAUAAUCGGCGGCAUGAUCGUCUGGGAGCCGCCGGACUUUAUGUUCUCUUAUCCUACGCUAAGUAGGGUUAAGCUCGUAUGCAACACGACGACUUUGGGGAUUAUCGCUCCGUUGGGGUUUGACUUCUUCCUGAUCGCAAUGUGCACGGUGUACGCCGUGAAGACACGGAACGUACCCGAAAACUUUAACGAGGCAAAGUUCAUCGGCUUUACGAUGUACACGACUCUGGUGAUCUGGGCCGCCUUCGUGCCCAUCUACUUCGGGAGCAAACACAAAGUGAUCACCAUGUGUUUGUGCAUUAGUUUUUCGGCCAUGGUGGCGCUAGUGUUGUUGUUUUUUCCAAAAGUAUACAUCAUCAUGUUCAGACCGGAGAAGAACAAUCGUAGUGCGUUCACGACGUCCAAGGACGUAAGAUGUCACAUUGGUUACGUGAAUUCGGCUGCGGCGGCGGUAUCGAGGAAUUCGUCGCAUUCGGCGUCGGAGUUUUCCAUGGAAUCGCCCAGGAACCACUCUGGCGAGGUGUUGCCCAAAUCGGCGUCGAAGUCCAAGAGCCUGAACCUGGUAGCCCGGUUCCGAGUGAGCAAGCAGGAUCGCAUCGCAGCCAGCGUGGCGCAGCACAUCAGGGCCGUACGAGCUGCUGAAGACCUGGACCGGCGGACAAGGCUGGGACGGCACUCGGGCGAGCCGCUCUAUUCUGCGGGCGGACCCCGCCCUGGUACCGGCCCAGGGAAGCUGCCUGCGCAACGCAGUUCUUCCAGCGGUGACUCGCCCUCGCACGAACGUCGGAGACUGGUCGGAGUACUCGGACAGACGGCUUACGGCACGGACACGGGACCACGCAUCAUCGCAUCAACCAUUCCUGGUCAGGAAGUCGCCUGCCAGACCACCGACGAUCUUAUUGAGAUGUGGCUCCCUUGUCUCCGGCGUCGCAUCGUUCGCUCUGAGACUCUCGUGUCGACGCUCACUCCGGAAGAGGAGGAAGUACCGGAGGGCCUUCGCCACCGUAAGCUAUGCCGCCACCUUCCCCACGGCGGUGUCUCUGGGUCUCUGGACGACGACGACGACGACGUGGUGUUCCGCGGCGGUGGGGGUUCGUCCCGUUACAGGAACCGCAUCCGAAGGACAGGUUCUGACAAGUCGGCGUACAAGAGCGACGAGUCCCUGUUGGAAGGCACGUCUUCCAUCAUUGAAGAGAGUGCGAGUAGUGGAAGUGAGGACGCCGCGAACGGUGCCGUCUACAAGAACAUCAUCAUCAGCCUCGGAAGUCCCGGCGUCCCAGAACCUACGGUUCGCGUGCGCCAGACGCCCGCGUCGCCAGCCAGGUCGGACUGGGCGGAGGUGUCAGCUCAAGUCCUCCUCAGGUCGUACCAAGACAAUGCUCAAAGCUCGGCCGAAAGACAGUUAUGGCGGGAGAGUUACUCCGAAGAACAGGGUGUUCAAGAGCCUUUGAUGAAAUAGGGUUUUUAUCCUGACGGGUCGGUGAGUAGCCACUUUGUUGUAGUCAUGGCUACGAGGCAUAUCUGUGAGUUUAGGAAGAACGAGCCGCAUUCUAUAACCAAUUCACGUUUGCGGUUGUGUCGUCAAUCGUGACGGGACAUUGGUCACGAGGGUUGUUUUUAUAGGGAACGGUCCGGAAACUUUUGCCAAAGUUAUUCUAGGAAAAUGUACUCUUUAAAUCCUGGUGUGUGCAACUCGUGCGUGUCCGAACCAUAUAGCAUUCCGUUAUAUCUCGUACCUGUCGUGGUGGUGUGUCUGGUUUGUGAAUAUCGGUGAAAUCCUUUUGCUACGGCAAAGACCCUUGCCUCCAUGCACAAGAACUGUACAUAGAAAACAAUCUGGUAGGCUUCAUCUAGUGAGUCGUGGUCGUGUAUAGGUCGUGUGGAAUCCGAGCACAACCAGGAUGGGAAAUCGAGCGCUGUUUUUUUUCUGUCUUAUCUAUUAUAAUGACAUAAACAUAGGCAGCUGUUGUGGACAGAUAAAAUGGCAUAGACGAAGGCAGGCUAGUGGAUGAAAAAGCCUGAGCUUGUGCGACGAAUGCUGUUUCUGUGUUGUCCAUCAUUUCUUGGCCCACGCUCAGGUUUUUUGUUAAGCCAGCUGCGGGUACGUCCACGGCAUGUUUUCUUUUUUUUUUUUAGGUACGUCUUUUAGAAGGAUCUCGAAUGUUUCCCUUUUUCGGCGCUUAAAACGUUUCUUCACAGCGCUAGGCUUCUGUGGUUUUCUUUCUUUCUUUCUUUUUUUUUUGCGCUUUUUGCUUUCACUGCGCUGAUAGAUCGAACACACACAAAAGGAAAUAUGGGUGAUUGCGGUUGUGAAAUUCCUCUUUUUUUUUUUAACUAACUGGAUCUUGUGUGCGAAAAUCCUCCGGGUUCACUCUCCGUUUGACUAGACACCGUCUUGUGUAAAUUUCUGGCUUAGGGGAUCAUGCCUUAUAAUAGAGACCACAGAUGCCACAGGGAACCCUUGCCGCUGUCUGCUUUCACAUUUCAAGGUCGCACUGAUAUCAGCACAGGAAUUUUAGACGUCCAGGCUUCAUUUCAUGUGCGGCGUUUUGUGCAGGCUAUAAGUUUCUCGAAUCACAUAGUUUCAAUUCGACACGCUCAGCGCAAUUCUUUCACCGUUUCUUUUGCGUGGUGACGGCGAGCACGGCCGCGGUCACAGUAACGUGGAUUCUUUUUAGACCCAGUCCUGUGCAAUGCUUCGGAAGGAACGACAAGAGUACAACCAUAUUUUUAUGUACAGUACGGGAUAGGCUCAUGCAAAUGAAAGACAUUCCCGUAACGAUUCCCAUUAUAUUAAGGUGUUUGUUGCCCUGUCUUCCUAAAGCCAAAGAGUAUAUACUGUUCACACCAUAGAGCGCUACCAUAAGCCUAGAGGGGAAACACGUUGCGUCUCUACCCGACUCAUAUAGUUGCCGCUAGGGCCACUAAAUGAGCUACGCUCUAGAGUAUACGGUCAUUGUGGUACACACGUCGUUCCCACACUUGCUUGUGCACUUGCAAAGUCAUGUGUCCGAGAGGGAAAGCAAGGCGUGUCAGCAUAAGCGUGCGUUGUCUCAGCCCUGCCUCACCUCGCCUCUACAAGUGGCGCUGCAAGCGGGGAAGUUGGCGCGGAAGCGAAAUGGCGUCCAUCGCUCUCUCUCGGGUACCUCAGCGACAUCACUCUCUAAGUGAGAUAAAUUUAGUGACUAAAGGUUCAGCCAGGGUUGAGACCAAGUCAUUAAAAAGUUCAAUGGUAAAUAAUAAGCCAGUUUCCUUUAAUGUCACGUUUAAUCUCAUUAAUUGAUGGGUGGAGGAAAAAUUGAUAAUCGAUAAUGAGGUCAAUGAGCCAAAGAUGAAGAAUUUCGUCUCGUACCUGGGCACCGUUGUCGGUCCCGCUUGGAAAGUUGAUCGUCCUCUCUAGUUUCAUAGUAUGCGGUCUGUGGUUCUAUCACGGGUUUGAACCGCUGGGAACCACGAGAGAUUGUGCGUGUGUGUUAAUGAAGCUUCGGUGGGUCUCUAUUCACCACUUUGGGUGCUCAACGGCAUUACACCUUCCAUGCAUCAUUUACCGAACAAAGAGGCUACGAACUUUUCUAGUCUGUGUCGCCAAAGAAUACUCACCAUGUCUCAUAGGGCUUGUGAGAUCACGUCUCAAAAAAUGAACAUAUUGUAUGCCAAAAAAACGUAUGUUGUGAAAUGCGUCUCGUCUUGUGUCUCGUGGAGUUCUAUGAUCAUGUUUUUGCCGGUUUUGUCUCGCAAAAUUUUGUGUUUUCACUCUGCUGUAGUGUCAAAAGGACCGCAGUGUGUCAUUACAUGCGAUAGAGCAGUGCUAACUUGACUCGGCCUCAUGGAACAAAAAUGGCGGCUGCACUUUCUAUACUACAGAGGCUGUUAGCCGAGAUAUGCAGGUGAUUGUUGGCUUGUAUGCAACCUUAAACGGUCUUUUCUUCCGAAGAAAAGCAUAUUUUAGCUUGUGUUUAUACAGAAGCAGCUUGGUGAUCCAGCCACGGCUUGCAGUUGGCCCAAAACAAAUAGCGUAGCACUGUGCUGGCUUACUCAUUGGUGCACGGUUACAAAAAGGGGAUGUCUUCUCGCUGUUCAUAGGCGCGCUUGUCUUGUCUCGGCGUGUCGCUUCUCAAAAAAUAACCUGUCACAAAACGUGAUCAGAUUUUCUACGUCACGUGGUAUUGUACAGUGCGCGUUCAUCCUGCGCAGUGCUGCCCUCUAUUUUCGUUCCACAAACUACCGUCGUGCAUCUUGUGUACUGCAAUAUUUAAACCACCUUGUACAUAGACCAUCAUCCGAGAAAAAGUCAAUAAUGGGAGCAUUGUCUGCAUUUGCAAUGUGUGACAGCAUUUAACGAGAGACUCAUGCACAAAACGAAAGUGCUCGUGUUGUGUUCACACCUUUGUUUCUCACGACAGCAGUUGUUGUAAAUAUCUAUAGUCAGUGACAACAUAAGACAUACACUUGACCCCGCCCCCACGGAAGAAUCGCUCCGCUAGCGCAAAUGAUGUGCGGCGCGGCCAAUUGGGGACUGGGGGGGAGGGGGGGAGAGAGAAAGAUCCGGCACUACAUCGCGACGCGGAGGCGUCGUGCUAACGCUGGUAGCCAAUCGCAGGAGCCUUCCACGAAUGAGUGGGCGGUCCCAAUUGUUGGACUUAAGUUGUCACUGACUGUAGUGCGUGUUUCGAUGAUGUGCCAAAGCUGUUUAAAGUCUGUUAUAGGAAAUGAAAGGUUUACACUUUUGGGGAGGUCUAUAACGAUGGUGCGUCUAAUCGUUAUAGAGGGUUUCCAUUUUCACUGACAUCAUCGCGUUAGUGUUGGAUAAGGAGUAGUAAAUUGCUGCUUUGGGAGAAUCGUUAUUUGUAAGUGCUGAAAAACGCUGCUAAGAUGGUGUAUACCCAGCAAACUGUGUCCCAAACUGUUUCCGUUACAAAUUUGUUAUGGUACCUACGAGAUAGGUUGUGAUCUUUGACUUUGUAUCACUGUGCUGGACUUUUUCUCGGUUUCAUUUUAAAUGUCCUAUUCAUGUUUCUUGCGUUUGUCGACAUUCCCCCCUAUUUAUUACGCUGUAGUGUUCUGAUUUUGCAAAGUCUGGAACUCCAGUGGUAAUGGUGCGAAACGUUGCCUAACUUGUUUCGGCUUUUUAGGUAGAUGAAACAAUACGGCAUUUACUUUCACAAUUUCACUUGCUCGUCGUAUCACCAAAGAGAUUUACAGAUAAGAUAAGCAUGCGCAUGUAUGUAUUUAUCAGCAAUGUGGUGCAACGAAAUCCCUACGAAACAAUUUGGACGGAAACGCGGAAAAAGUUGUGUUGAUCCAGCGAGUCGCAUUAGCUGAGAAAAAGUCAGAUUACCCGAGUCGCCUUAUACGGACAAAAAAGUCGCAUUAACCGAACUAUAGUUUAUUAUCAGGAGAAAAGUCUACUAUACGGGAAAGCGUACGACACGAGAAAAUGCUACAAAGAGGACGCUACUGACGAGGCAUGAAAGAACGUUUUUUUCACGCUGGCAGUCGUAUUAUACGGGAUCGUAAUAUUGAUGUUUCAUUGACCAACACGGGAUGUGCUAAGUAUUACGAAUUAUAUAGCUAAGCGUAUGAGGGGCAUACCUUUUACAACCUUGGCAUAAUAUCACUGCUGUCAAUUGUAUUAAACAUCGCCACCUUCAAGAUACAACGCAUGACAGCCCCUUAAUUCCUUUUCUUUCUUUUCCCUUUUUUUUUUUCUUUUUUAAUAUGUGCCUAACAUGACAGUUCCGUUGCUUCCUCGAUGAACGCUGUACUUCCAAUUAAGACGGCCUGUAGUUUAUUCAGUUCCGUUUAUCGUCUUCUUAAACUGUCAGAAGUUGUUUCGUGGGCCAUUGCCAAAAAUAAAUAAAUAAAUAAAGACGUAAGCCCGAACCAAACCUAACUGACGCACUUUCGCAUCACUAUGAUAAAGAACUGUUAAACAGAUAUCAAUGCCAUCUCCUCUCCAACGCAACCCCAUGUUCACACGCCGGAUGUCAUGCGGGGAGGAACAAGAUCAUGACGAUGAUGAUGAUGAUGAAUUGCUAUGUCAUCCGACUUUUGGUUUCUCUCUGUUUUCGUUCUUUUUUUUUUUUUUUGCUUAAAGAGUUCUUGAGAAAACCUCACUCUGAGAAAUCCCACUCAUGUCGACAUUGAUGUACAUAACUUUCAUGUCAUGCCGUGUUGAUCUCAUUGUGCAUAACAUCGUCGCUGUCUUCGUGCUGUUUCAACCAAUAAAUGACACAUUAGUUCCAACGAACGCCACCUGUCGUCACUGGCGACCCGCAGCCCAACGCGCGAUAUGAUCAUUCACCGUUGAUCAUCAUCAACGUUAUCAUAUCGCAUUGUUAGAUAUUGAUCACAUUUGGAACAUCCAUGCAUGGUAUAUAAUACACUCGCUCUCACUCAAAAGCGACGGUGAUCUCACCGAUAACGUGCGGUUAUAUCCGCGGAUAACGAUGCCUUUUUCUUUCUUUUUAGCGGGAAAUUUACAGCCAUUUCUUUUUCUUUUUCUUUUUUCAUGUAUAAGCAAGUGUUUGUUUGCCUUUAAGUCUCGAAAUGGUAGGCUGCCGUGUUACAACAAAUUCGUGUUAUUGAGAACGUUUCUAACCCAAAUAAGAUCGACUGUUUUAAUUUUCAGUUUAUCUUUUUGAUCUCAAUUUUCUCGCGACGUAAACCCCCAAUUUUUAUUAAAAACGUAAUCUUUUAUAGAAGUGAUAAAAAAAGAUGAAAACAGUGAAACUGGUGUUUCUUACCGUACAAGCUUUCACGACGGGGAUCUGCAUGUCAUUAGGUACCUUUUACAGUCAAACUCCUUUACAACAAAACCCAGGGGACAGCAAAAAAAAAUUCGCAGUAAGGGUAUUUUCGUUAAAAAGGAUGUCUAUUAUUGGACCUAUAGGCUCCAGCGGGACCGCAAAAAAAAUUUGCUGUAGUGGUAUUUUCGUUAAAAAGGUGUUCGCUAUAAAGGAGUUUGACUGUAUACGUUAGAAAAGAAGUCACUUUUAUUGGUUUGUGUUGCAUUGGAAAUAAAUGACCGCGACUAAGGGCGUUAAUCGUGCUUAUUCACGUGAAACUAUAUCAAUGUUUAAACCAUCUUACGAGAUUUUGCUGCUUUCCAGCGCAGUUAAACAAUGCAGACAAAUAGAAAGCACUCGCAAAACUUCCGAACGCUACCCGCCCCCCAAAAAAACACGCUGAAUAUCGCAAUACUCAUUCUCGAGAGACAGAAAGCCUCAUCUCUUUUUAAUCACCGCAACACCGUCACGCACCUUCUUAACUAUUCUAAUUAUUCCUCGCACAUUUCCACCCGCCUAGGUUCUACUUUCCCAGUGCACGCCAUCUUAUACGGUCGGAGCAGAAACAAACAAACCAACAAACAAAAAAUAGCUCAUUAAAAUUCACACCCAUAUCCCAGGAGAACAUUAUUUCCUAUAUGGCGAACGUGUCUAGGCAACAACGGAGGAAAAAAAAUAUUAUGACUAAGAGCUUAUUGCGUAGCUUAUGCAUCGUCACGCCGGAGAAAAAAAAAAGAUCGUGCUAGAAUGGUUAACACACUUCCUACGCGUUUUUUUUUUUUUUCUUUUUUCCCCGCAUAAUUCUAAGUACACAUAGUGCGCGGACACCGACGCACUCGUUAAGCCCGUAUCAUGCAUGUUCGUGUUUCUCAGUUCGUUAUAGCUAUGAUGCGAGGGUAUGUAGAAGGCGUUCUUAAUUACAUGCCGCUGUCGGUCGGUAGCUUUUUAUUUUUAUUUUUAUUUUUUUUGGUCCGUCGCAUGUCAGUUCGGGAACGUUAUAAAAAGCCUUCUUUGCCUCACACCAUAACGCUGUAAUGUCUCGGCAACGUGUGCCAUUAAAAAUGUCUUUUCACAUUUUCAUUGCGUGUGAUGGGUUAUUCGAUUUACAUGAUAUCACUUUAAGCUUUCGAAAGAUUGUGCAUUAUAAAUAAGGUGUAAGGAUACGUGUAAGAAAAAGAGCUAAGUGAUAUUAUGGCUUCAUCGACUUUUCUUUUUUUCUUGCUUGUUCCUGCGCGUGUUCUAGUGUGCGGUCCACAGUGUAGAAAUGUGUGCGUGCUGACUAUAAGGCGCGUGUAGUACCGCCGUUGUUCUCUUUGUCUGUCUGUCUGUCGUUGCGCUUGGUUUCUUUAGACGGAAAGACCAAUACGAAAUACGAUGAAAAAAAAAAAAGAGAAUAUUGCAAAAAGGAAUUGCGCAGCUCUUACGAGCUGCAAGCCAUAAGUUGGUUUAGUGUUGGGAGUAGAUUCUGACCCAACCUUUCCUCUUUGCUUACUUCCUUUACCUUCUUUCUUUUUAAUCCCACGGUUGCCAGACAAGCUUUGGGGUCGCCAUACCUGAUUUACGAAUCCGAAAGUAUCUGAAAUCUUUCGGCACGAUUCUUGCCGUUCAAUAACGCGUAGUUCUUUUAUCGUACUUGAUUAUGAUUGUACCGCCUGUGGAUCGCGAUAUUAUAUUCCGGAAGUGACGUUAGCAGCACUGGAGAUCGUUAUGCAGGCUAGUGUCCAAUUGCCUUCGAGGAAGUUAACUUAUCCGUGGCGUUGGCAAUUUUCUAAUGGAAUAAUGGGCCAGACGAGAAAAAUUCAGUGGCAAACUUCGCUGAACUACGCAGUACUGUUGGCUUCGACGCAGAGUCGCGAAUCAUAAUUGUUAUUACCAUAUUAUAAUACUACGUCACCAAAAGUAUGCUGAGCAAAAGUAAGGAGCCUGUCUGAGAACCUGUAUACAACAUUUAGAAGCACGUGAGGUAUAGCGAGAGAGAAGGCCGAUACACUCUAAGAAAGAAAGGAGUAAAAUAUGGAGUAAUUGCAGCUUCUAGUCUCCUAGAUUGCAAUUACCCCCCCCCCUCCAUUUUAAUUCCCUGACCCCGAAAUUUACCCCCCAGAACUGCAAAUAUUCAGUGAACUUCUCAAAUGGUCUCCUGAAUGCAACAAUCUAGGUAAACACGUGCUCUUCGUGAAUUUGCCAACUUAUUAUUUGAAAUAACUUAGCUAACUCAGGGAUUUUCCAACGACGCAGCGUAAGAAAUAGUUAGCGGUUCUUUCUUGACAAAUUGAACUCUAUGCAUGUCGCAAGAUUUUAUAUCACUCGACGUGUCAAGGUUUAUGGUUUAAUUCAAAGAUAAGGUGUUUAUGGUAUGGUACUCUUAGAACGCAGAGCGAAAUGCAGUCUCCACUCUGUGACAUUCAUUUAGUACUCCAUAAAGGGACUAAUUUUUGUGGCAACGCAUUUAGUCCCCCAAGGGACUAAUAUUACUCCCUUUUUUCUUAGAGUGUACUUUUUGAGUAUCUUUCCACUGCUACACAGUGUUUUUUCUUUUCUUUUUUAGACACGCGGAGUUUUUAUUUUUUUUUUUUUGUCAACCACAGAGUUACCAUAGUAGAGCCAUACUUCCUCUUCUCGUAUACGGAACAAACUCGCUCUAAAAUAAUGAGCUGUAAUUUAAAGGAACACCACUCGAGUAAACUUUCUUUCGUAAUUCACUCCUCCGAGAACCGUUUAUUUAGGAGCAAUCUCUCGCUUCCCAGUAGACUUUAGUCGAGCGUCGGGUUUCACGUACGAAGCAGAAGCAGCCGAUGUCCUCAUAGAAGGCACGUCCCUCCCAUUAGGAGAGGCCAGGCCAUUACUUCCUUGAGUGGAGAAUCGUCAAGAAAAUGGUUCGAAAACCGUUACUCGAGUUGAACUUAGAAAACGACGAGCGCGCCGGGGGUUAGGUCUAUUCGAAAAGCGAAAUAUAGUCGCGCGCGAUUGUAGUUUUAUAAGGCGGUACACAAGCGGUGAUGCAGUAACUGGUGUUCACUAUACGCACAUAUUUUUAGCAUAAAGUAACAUUUUGCACGAGCUACGCACGGGGUAAAAAUUUCCUUGGAUUUGCUCCUGGUUCCUGACUUCUAUAGGUGUCAAAAUAUUUCUGGGUACUAUCCGAAGUAACAAUACCUGCAUAGCGCUUUCAUAACAUAACAGUGACAUCAAUAUAUGACAAUUCUGUUUCUUUUUUUUUCUGUACUAAACGAAAUAAACUUUGUGAUACUGACAGCAAGCGCCACGUGACGGUGGGAGGGCGCCAAUAUACUGUCAAAUUCGUAAAUUUCAAUACAAAUGAUACUAGAAUUCUGCCAAAGGUAGCUUAAAAUCAUCGUCUGUACAAACGGUUGCCAUUGUUACGCAGGAAGCUGUGAAGCUUACAGAGCUCUGAUGCUUCAACUGUCAUUGAUUGGUCCCGGAAAAGUUUCGUGCACACGCCAUGCGUUGCCGCAUGGUACUGCCGACAGAUGGCGUUGCCUAUAAGCUUUGACUAGGCUGCCUGAAUAGUAGCUCCCUCUGUGUAAGGUGGAGUCACCCUUUCUAGUAGCGAAUGUCGCAAAGCCGCCAUGCCGACACCCACGCUUGCCAUGCAUAAAUGCUGUGUACCGAUUUCACCUACUUUUUCAAACCUCCUCUGCUAUGCAUUUACUCAACUUCAAAAUGCAGUGUAUAGCUGAGCGUAUAAUACCACUUCUGUGAGCGCAUCGCGAGCUGUGCGUGGGCGUCAAGAUGGCGGAAGUUCGUAGCAGACGACGCGGUUGUCUUCACCCUAUGCACAGGGAGCUAGUAUUGAGGAACCCUAGCGUGGGCGAAUUACUAAGUGGACGAAUUUUAGGCUAUCUUGGAUUAGCAGAAUGUUAGUAUACAAAAAAUACGGUUACUGUGCUUGUUACUUCACUUGUAAUUUUAUCGGAAAUCGAAAAGCUCACUAGCGUCAAGGUAGAACAGGCAUUGUUUCGUACAAUACAGAACACGCUGAACGGUGAACAUAAGGACGAAAAUGAGAGCACUAAGUACCGAUAUAUAUAUAUAUAUAUAUAUCAAUAUUGUGCAAGAGGAUAUAUUUUCGAAUAUAUCGAACACAAUUCGAUAUGGGCGAUAGAACUUAUUCGAUUUAUUAGUGCGAGUACAUCGAACUGGGUUCGAUAUGCAGGGCUUGCUAGGUAUAUCGCACUGAGCUCGAUAGCAGUUCACAGCCAGCUGAAGCCCUAUAGCUCGAAGUAGUGUAUCUUUAAUUUCUGAGUUUACAAACUGGGUUUCCACGUUUUCUUCAUCACCUUCGAGACUACUCUACCUAUAAUAUACAAACUUUAAAAGGCACCUGCUAAGGGUACAAAGAUACGCGCGCGAAUCCGCCAGAAGAAGUGGCACCAUUUUGGCACGCUCUUUUGAAGUACGUUGAUGGAAGGUAACUUUGAAACGCAUUGGUUUCUUUGUGUUCUUUCGGUUGGCCUUCUUUAGAACAAUCAUAGAGUCCAGGAUAGGCUUUACCACUAUCGCUGCAAAUGUUGGGCAAGAAACCUGCUCGUGGUACGUCAACUUUAGUGAGAGUGACCUUUAAUUGUAUUUGUUUAGUAGUUAAAAGUAACGGUGCUUUUGAGGUUGUAAUGGAUAUUUCGAUGUAUCGUGCCGCGUCCCAGUUUUUCGCACUUUUAUGCUAGAGGGUUUGCCCUCCUUCCGCGGAACUUGUAUGUAUGUUUCUUCCCACAUUCCUUUCUUCCUUCAAGGCUUCCGUUGCUAUUUCUGUACGUGUGGGAGUAUGUAUUUUCAUGUUGGCUCCAGCAGAGAUUAAGCGCGAGAAUGCCACAUGCAGAGAAAGUCAGUCGAAGUCGCAACCUCAAAUCUCAGGAACAAUUAAAAAUUCUUCUGUGCCGACUCGACACUUCAGCUAAGACUAUAUGUCACUCUUCACGAUCAGUUUUACAAUAUUGAAACUGGCGAGAAAAAAAAAAACGAAAAUAAAACAUUAUCCUCACUUCCCUCAUAUGUAACCAUGCAUUGGCUACCUACUUGGCUACAUAGUCAGUCGAUGCCCACUGGAGUUCCAGCCUUGUCUGUCUGGCUGCUUAAUUAGUCGGUUCUGCCGGGUUAGCAAUUUCAACACAAACCAUCGUGAUCUGCACUGUUGUGUCACGGCAACGCGUACCGCGCGUACAUACACAAAACUGCAUCCUCAUCGUCAUCAGUUUCAUCGUCAUACUCAAUCAUGAUCAUCAUCAUCUCAAUGUUCCCCUCGGUGUCUGUCAUAAAAUCAAAAAAAAAAAACUGGAAAGACGAAGGAUUUAAGAACCUCUUGUAUGCCAUUGCUCACUCUA